AGGUACACACACUUACAGGUAACCUCUAACGUACCAGUAUGUACUGCCCGGGGGGCACGGCAGUCUAGCUCUGGCUCGCGGGAAAGCCAUUUCUUACUAGUAUACACUUCCGUGUUUUUCAUCACUUUAGGAUUUCGUCAAGGGACACUGAUGUCAAUAUCUAUGGAACAUGGAAACUUAAAGCUAUUUUAGUGUGAUUUUGGGAGAUUUAACAAGUAAUUGUGUCAGUGACAAUGUCCAGCAGUGGUCAGACCCAAUUCCAGAGUCCAGUUCUGGACAUGUUUAAGUGGUGGAUGUUUAUGUCCUGGAUGGUCAGAUACACGAUGGCUAAUCCUUGUCCAGUUGGAACUUUUGGAGAUCUGUGUCAGUAUAAGUGUCACUGCGAGUUUGGGGCCUCAUGUAUCCCCAACACAGGGGAGUGCUUUGCCGGAUGUGAGGAAGGAUAUAUAGGACAACCUACUUGUCAAAUAAAAAACGUGGCCCUACGAAAGGAAACUGAUCAAAAUGGCGACACAACAGUUACGUCCAGUUUAGUAGUGGAUGGUGACCGAAGACAGGAUGGGUCUACGUACGGCUGUUCUCGUGCAGUGGACACUAAGUAUCCUUUUAUUGCCUGGUGGUACGUCGACUUAGGACAGAACUACAGUCUCAACAGGAUCAAGAUCUUCUUCAGAAACGACUUAGCGGUAAAUAAGCCGAGAAGAGAGGGAGUACGUGUGUACGUCACAGCAUCACCCCUCGACUUUGACAACAAUGCUUUGUGUUACAAAGAUGUUCUUAAGCCUGAUGGAAUAAUUGCACCUCCGGACCUACUGGACCUUAAGAACUGUUCCACUAGAGGGCGCUAUGUUAUUGUUUACAAUGAGAGACCCCUUGUAGACCCACUCAACUGCCCCACAACAACGUAUUCCUGCUGGGCUAACCUUGAGGUGUGCGAGGUGGAGGUCUAUGCCUGUACCGAAGGAACGUUUGGUGAAAACUGUGAUAAAUUCUGCCACUGUAAGAAUGGAACCUGUGACCAAAAUACGGGAAUUUGUCCUGGUAGAGAAUGCAGAGAAGGCUGGAUGGGGGAACAAUGUGAUGUCGGUUGCCCGGAUGGAAGAUAUGGCAUUGGGUGCAACCAGACGUGUGGGAAAUGCCGGAACGGAGAUGUAUGUGAGCCAAUGUUUGGUACAUGCCCUAAUGGAUGUCAACCAGGGCUUGAUGGUCCCACUUGUAAAGACCCCUGUUCAGACUUCCGGUACGGUCAGACUUGUCUUGGGAGGUGUGACAACUGUGCAAAUAAUACAGACUGUGACAAAGUCUCUGGAUUCUGUCCCGGCAGAUGUGACAGGGGUUGGCAUGGCGUCAGGUGUGACGAACGAUGUCCAGCAGGAAUGUUUGGGACCAAGUGUGACAAAAGGUGCGGUCAGUGCCGUAAUGGUAACCAAUGCCAUUUUAACUCCGGCCAGUGUCCAAAUGGUUGUGGGCCGGGCUACACCAAAUCGUCAUGUACAGAAAAUUGCCCUAAAGGAACCUAUGGUGUUAAUUGUUCACGGAAUUGUAGCACAUGUAAGAUGGAAAUGUGCCAUCACGUGGACGGAAGUUGCAAUGAAGGUUGUAAAGCUGGAUGGACAGGCCCCUCGUGCCUUAAAUCAUGCGGACAAGGACGUUUUGGUGAAAAUUGCGGAAGGUCAUGUGACCAUUGUCGUGACAGAGUGUGUAAUCACGUUACCGGACUAUGCGUGAAAGGAUGCGUAAAAGGUUGGAGAAAUCCUAGAUGUGACCAGAUGUGUCCACAUGGAGCCUAUGGUAGUGAUUGUGGUGCCACAUGUGGUGCAUGUACUAAAGGCGCCACCUGUCACCAUGAAAACGGUGUGUGUGUGGAAGGAUGUGCCGAAGGGUGGAAUGGUACCCACUGUGAUCAAGCUUGUGUAAGAGGAACAUAUGGACUCCAGUGCUCUCGCAUGUGCGGCCAGUGUAAGAAUGGAACAGUCUGCCAUCAUGUAACAGGAUUGUGUGAGCUCGGCUGCUCCGAGGGAUUCGUCGGGCCUAAUUGCGGAAGGAAAUCAGUGAACAACGACAACGAGGUUGUGAUUCAGAGUGCAAUCAUAGGUGGCGCCCUUGCUCUCGUCUGUAUCGUGGGAAUAAUCGUUCUUGUCUGUAUUGCCAGGCAAUGGAGGAGGAAAGUACGUGUACAAAAGAAGGAAGAAGAAGAGGCACAGGUGGAUUCAGAGACAAACUAUGCCAAUAUACAGAAUACAACAUACCAAAACGCUAAUAUCAAUAACGGUUUCGUGGACCCUGACGUUGACACGGAUACCGCCACGACGAGAUUUAGUGGCGAUAGUUCUACGUACGUCAAUAGCAUCACUAGUUUGUACUACAACGUAGGAUCACAGCUACCCGGGGUAUCACUCAAUAACUACACCGAGUAUGUCCAGGAGAUGGAGGAGGACCAAACACGUUACACGGACGAGUUCGAGGAAUUAAGGGACCGUCCUACAUACACACACGUAGAAGGCCAGAAAAAGCAAAACAAACCGAAGAAUCGAUUCCUUACCACAUUUCCAUAUGACCAUUCCCGUGUGAUCCUCGACAAAUUACCGUGUGAACCAGAUUCCGACUACAUUAACGCCAAUUAUAUAGACAGCGUGGAUUCAACGAAGGCAUAUAUAGCCACUCAAGGUCCAAAUCGACAUACGGUUGGCGACAUAUGGAGACUUGUAUGGCAGGAUAAAGUCGAAAAUAUCAUUAUGUUGGCAAAUCUAGUGGAGGAUGGUAAGGUGAAAUGCGAGUGUUACUGGCCGACGAUUCAGCCUGUUACCUUCAACCAUCUGACCGUAAGCCGUAUUAGUAAGACGGAGAUGGCCAUGUACACAAUAAGAACAUUCAUCGUUACAAAUACAGAGCUUUCAGAGACGCGACAAGUGACACAAUACCACUUCACGGGUUGGCCGGACCACGGGGUACCGGAUACUCUCGAAUUGGUGGCUUUCCUCAUGCGGGUUCUACAGGACAAUCCACGUAGGAAAGACGGUGUACCUCUCCUUGUACACUGCAGCGCUGGAGUUGGCCGGACGGGGACAUUCAUUGGCCUGCAUGCCCUCUAUACGUACGGAUCUGAUAAGAAGCGAGUGGAUGUGGCCGAAUUCGUCAGGCGUAUGAGGGACAACAGAAUGCUCAUGGUUCAGAACAUCGAACAGUAUCGGCUGCUACACAUCGCUCUCCUAGAGGCGUUUAACUACACUGAAUCGACAAUAAAGAAAUCCGACUUUAUCAAGCGUUAUAAUGAUUGUGUAAAUAAUCAGUUAAACUUAAUCACUAAAGAGUUCCAACUCCUUCAAUCGAACAAACCUGUAUAUUCUGACCAAAACUUCACUGCAGCCAGAGCAGCAGAAAACGCCGGAAAAAACAGGUCGAACCAAAUUCUGGCAGUUGACAGAUUCCGGCCGUACCUGAACACAUAUAUUGAGGGAACAACAGAUUAUAUAAACUCUACAAUAGUUCCGUCAUGCAAGGCCCAGGGGAAAUACAUUGUGACACAAGCACCACUGCCAGACACAAUCGUGGACUUCUGGCGGCUAGUGUACGAUCACGACUGUUAUACUAUUAUCGUACUAAACUCACCAGACCAGGAACUGGAGGGGUGUGUUGCUGUUCCUCAGGCGAGCGGCGUAUGGUGGCCAUCAAUGGGCGACUCCGUCAGCUACGGCGCACUGACCAUCACAACCACAGAUGUUAAGGACGUUGGCAAGGACAUUACUGAGAAAACUUAUGACAUCAACAAAAAGGGUUUUGGUGAGGCACGUGCCAUUAAAUCGUACCAUAUGGGAGGUUGGACUUCCGGUCAAUACAAACCGGUUUCCAUAGAAACACUGUUGGAGCUCGUGGAUUUGAUGGAAGCAUGGAAACGAAAGUGUCUGUGUCACACAGUUGCAGUGCAAUGCAUUGACGGUGCCCUAUGCAGCGGAGUGUUCUGUGCAGUUAGUCUAGCGCUGGAUGGACUGAGAUUAGAACAGCAGGUUGACAUUUACCACACUCUCAGAAGACUCCAUGUGCGGAGACCGGAAUUUGUUACGAAUGAAGACCAGUAUCGAUUUAUUUAUGACGUCAUAGCAGAAUACAUUGAAUCCCGAGGGAUCUAUGGAAACACUUAAAGUUGAUCACCUGGAUCAGAUCAACAUGAGGCUUUUACCUGUCCGAUCUUGUUUGUACUGUGUACCUACGAGACCGGGAAUCCCGAGGCCAGCAUCAAGGCACGUAAAGUACUUGACGCACGUGAACUUGUUAUCUGUGUCUACUGCCCGAUAUCAAACAAAUGUUGUUUGUGGUAAACAAAUGAGUUUGUUGCACUAGACUCACGGCUGACGUUAAUCUGGUUAUAGAAUCACUGAAUAGUUUCACAGAGACACUGAUCAUCACCAUGGGUCUUGCAUAGCAAUUCCAGAGGAAUCGAUACCGUGAUCUUAACGAGACACCCCUGUUGUUUACGGCUGGUGAAAUCCGUAAAAUGAUACAAAUUGUAUAUAUAACCCAUGGUGAAGAAUUACAAAGUAUUGAAAUCUACUUUUUGUAUUUCCACUUCUGUUCUCGACCUUUCCUUUUAUGGUUGGUUGUUGUCCAUGAUCCUUGCAUUAUUCUUCCAAUGAAAUCCAUGAAUGGUGACUUUAUCGUUUUAUCUGAGAAAACGAACGCUAUAUAUGCAAAGAACCUGAUUUAUGUUGUUGACCUUUUCUCAAUACUGGGGACAUUUGUUAUAUUGUCUUUUGUAAGCGAAAAAUCGAUUUGUGUACGACUGUCUGGGUACAGGAUGUUAUAAAAACGACCGUAUCGAGGAGUUGUAAUCCCACAGUUUCAAAUACUAAAAAAGCUGAAGUCAGUUUCAUUGAUAAUGGCGUAUUAAUUUGAGGGUAAACGUCAGAAUGACAGCGGCCGUGGAUAUAGUCAUAUUUUUAGACCAUAGUGCUAUUUUCUAUAUCAAUAAAUUAUUACCACUAUAUCUUAUAACAUCUAGUAUCUAAAGGUAAAGAGUCGAACCACGUUUGUACUUCUUCAAACAGACAGAAACAAAGUAUCAAUACUCGGAUCAAAACCGAUACAGAAAUCACUGUUAUCACAUAAAUUAUACUUUCUUCGUAAAGAAAUCAGGUGUAUCAUAUGUACUUAUAACGUAGAUAUUGUAUAGAAACACAUUCUGAAAUUGCUCCUGGUCAGGUUGCAGAAACGUGUUUAUAACAAAUAAUGCGAAAGUUGAUAAAUGCGAACUCUUAUCGAGAGUCAAUGGGUCUGAAGUUUGAAUUCCUGUAUUAGAUACCGAAAGCAACUCUUACUUAGAAGAAAGACUGCACAAUAUGAAACUACAGGAAACAUUGAGCGCUUGGACCUUUACCUUUAAGAUAUGUAAAUGUAGUAUGUAUUAGUCAAUUUGUUGGUAAAUUUAGUGUAAUUAUUUAGUGUUUAUAUUAAUACAAUGAUAUAAACUUUUAAUAAAUCUAUAAUUGACAAAAUACAUCGCACAUUAGAAUAUACUUCUCUGUAGAUAAAUGUUUAAUACUAUGCAACUAUUUUUUUUAAUAAUCUGUUUGUGUGUCCUGAUUUAAUGUAAUAUAUUUUGAUGUUGUUGAUAGCCAAUUUGCUCUUUUUUGUAGAAAUGUACAUUGGAUUAUCUAUUGAUACAUGAGCGGUAUAAUUUACGAUAAUUGGCUUAUUAACAUGUUGGAGAUAACUCUAUUUUAGCUUCAUCAAUUAAGUCUUCUAAACAUCUAUGUGUUCAUGUUAUAUGCAAUGAUAAAAUAAUGAAUUAUAUAUACUAGUUUACCAAGGUAUGUUGAUUCGAAUGUGAGCUAUCAAAACCUAUAUUAAAUGUGUAUAGUAUAUAUAUAUAUAACCCAAUAAAUCCGUAAGCCUGCCUCUAGGCCUUUCCUCAGUCUUAGAUUGCUUCUUCCAUUUUAUGAACCUCCUUAUUGCUUCGUACAAAUCGAAAGAAAAUUUAAAAUUAUAUUUGUAACGCCAUUUAAUUCUUCUUUUUUUUAUUAUAUAUUUUCACUUUUCUUUCUGGUAGUUUUUAUAUUACUCUCGUAUUUUUUCACGUUAAUCUCAUCCGAAAAGGCUAAUUAGCGAACUCAUUUUUAGCAAAAAUCCGUGUAGAUUAGGUAUUUGAUAAUUGUUUGUGUUAAUAUAGCAGAAAUACAUUACAAAUGUAUGCUGUACAUCAGUAUUGUGUUCAAUCAAUUGUACUCCAUAUAAUGGUACACCCUGGUGAUUGAUUGACCUACAUAGUCUGUGAACUACAAAUAAUGUGCAUUCUACAAAGCUGUUUUAUGUCCUCCUGUCGACCUUCUGACAGCAAAUGUUUAUGAAACUGUGAAAAAUUAAAAAAAUAUUCUAAUUU